AUGAGAGUAAGUCAUCAAAUAGAGUGCCAUUGGCAACUCACGCAACAAGUAGCGAAGCGAGCGGUGGGGCGCGUGCCGGGCGUGCGCCGCGCCGCCCGCGCUGGCCGCCGUGCGCUUGCCCGCGCCCCGCACCCCGCUGGCCGGCGCGCGCGGUACUUAGCGUCAGGGGUGCGCGCCACCUCCGCCAAUCCACCGGCAACCUUCGCGCGGCACACAAGUGCGCUCCAAAUAUUCUCUCGAUUCGUUACACGAACAUUCGCGAUGCCGAUGGCGGCGAUUCAUUAUCAAAAUCCCAACGCCGAACAGAGAUUGACUCAUAUCCAAGCCCAGGCUCCUAGGAGAUUAGCACCUGCCCCUAUGGACACGAGCCGCUGUAAAAAGAAAUCUUAUCUUCAUCAACCUUACCCGACUCAACCUGCCUCUGUUGCACGCAGGAACGCUCGCGAGAGGAAUAGAGUGAAACAAGUAAACAAUGGUUUUGCAGCACUAAGACAGCACAUACCUUCAGCUGUUUCGGCUGCUUUAGCUGGCGGACGAGGUUCUUCACGGAAAUUGAGUAAAGUGGAUACAUUAAGACUGGCAGUGGAAUACAUCAAAAGCUUGAAGCGAUUGCUGGAGGAAAGCGAUGAAGGAUGUUCAGAGUCACAGUCCGGUUUGACAUAUAGUAACACUUCAGCUAACGGACCACACACGCCUCCGUUAUCAGAGGAGUCUCACUCACCUGCACCUUCGUUUGUGUCUGAAAGCUCAGCAGGACCAACCUGUCAAGACGCCUAUGACUCGUACGAGCCUAUGAGUCCAGAAGAUGAAGAACUUCUGGAUGUCAUUUCGUGGUGGCAGCAACAAUGA